AUUAUUAAAUUAAACAUGAAAUUUAAUUAUUUAAAUUUAGUAAUUUUUCUAACCCUUAAAGUAUUAACACACGCAAGGAAUAUUUCCAUUUUGACUACUGACAACUCCUGGAUAAUAAAUGAAGAUUUUGAGCUACUGAUCAAGCUCUCAUUCCCUUUCUCCAGAUGCAAUAAUAUUUUUGUACUUGAAGAUGAUGCAAAAAUUGAUGAAAUUUUUAAUAAAUUUACAAAAUCAUAUAAAUUUAAUUAUUAUGUAAAACAGCAAACUUAUGAAUGUCAAGGAUUCUUUUUAGUUUCUUCGUCUGUCGACAACUUAUUGUCGGCCAUCAAGAAUGUGCCCACUAAAAUUUCAACAUCGGAAAUUUUGAUGGUAAUCGAUGACACAAUUGAUUACACCUCGGAAUUACUCAAUGUCACUCUCUAUGGAUAUUCCAGUGUCAAUGUCAUCUCGAGGUCUGCGAGGUGGUCGUUGUCUGAAAAUUAUUUGUUUCCUCGUCGGUUCAUAAAUGUCUCUAGGAUCGAAGAAAUGAAUCAUCAAAGUGGCAUUGUUGAUCUAGAGGGCCGAGAAUUGCAAGUUGCCGCGUUUUUUAAUCCUCCUUUGUGCUAUCUUUUGACGUCGGUUAAUAGAACAGUUAAUGGAAUUGAUGGACAAUUUUUUACAGCUCCAGAAAAUGAAAUUGAUGGUAUAGAAACAAAAUUAUUUGUUAUAAUUGCUGAAAGAUUAAACUUUACAUGGCAGAUACGGAAACCAAAUCAUCAUUACAGGUUUGGAAGGCCAAAUGGAACACAUUGGAACGGAGGAAUGAUUGGUCAGCUUUUCCGUAAUGAAAUAGAUAUAGCAUUCAGCGGAAUCUGGUUAAAGCAUGACCAAUAUCGCUUCGUAAAUUUAACAAAACCCUGGCAUCAGCUGUUCAUAAACUAUCUAGUCCCUCGGCCGAAACAUAAAUUCAGUUUUUGGGCGCUGACUCGUCCGCUGACUCCCGGGGUUUGGUUGGCAAUUUUCGGAAUGAUUCUCCUCCAUAGUCUCAAUGUCUGCGCCAAGGCAUGGAUCAAUCCUCAUGCGGAAACAAGGUACAGGAGUUAUAUCACGACCUUAAUUGAAUUGAUUGCUCGACUGGUGGGUACUUGGGCGCCAAAAAGGGUCCAGGGUUUUAAGAUUCAAACCGUGGUAUGGCACAUGUCUGGUGUUUUGAUUGUCACUGCAUAUUCUUGUAGUUUGGCGACUGAUUUAACUUUUCCGGACUUUGAAAAAAGGAUUGAUCAACUUGAUCAGUUUAUUUUGAAAAAUCUCACCUGGGGAAGGGAAAGUCCUAUGCCGAAAUUUGAUGAUUAUUUUAAUUUAAAUGAUAAGUAUGGAAGUCAAUUUCCGAAAAAAUUCCAAUUAGAAAAAUCCCAAGAAGAACGUCACGAGAAAAUAAUCCAAGGAAAUUAUGCAAUAAUUGGCCGUAUGAUCGACUCGAUAUUUUUUCCGGAGAAUGAUAUCAGCAGUGAUGAUUUGCAGAAUUACAGAGUAAUGAAACAGUCGGUGAGCGACUAUUACGUUUCAUUUGCGGUGAAACCUUGGCUGAUUAAAUCCUUCGACAAAGUAAUUUUGUGGAUGAGAGAAACUGGAAUUGUUACUUAUCACAUUAAAGAUGUGAUUUACAGAAAAACAUCUAAGAGUCUGCGCCAAGUGCUAGUUGAAUAUGACAUUGUAACUGAAACAACUCAUGCUCUGGAAUUACUUCCUUUAAGCGCGGCAUUUGCAUUUUUAUUCUUCGGGCUAUUUAUUUCGUCGGUAAUUUUUGUUUUUGAACUUGAAAUUGUUAAUGGAGACGUAGACGCUUUUAAAUAUUUUGUUAAGGCUCGGAUGAUUCGGCUCAAAGUUAAAGCUAAGAAUUGGAUUAAAAAAAAAAAAAAAAUGUUUUUAAGUAUUUUAAGUUUGAAAAAUAAUUAGUCUUCUUUUU